AUGGCCGUCGACGAAAGCCCCAUCGCCGCCCACCCCGAGCGCCGCAACUCGCUAGAGAAGCACCUCCAGACCCGCCCGGAUGUGCAGGAUCUCAAAGACCGCAACAUCCUACUCGACACGAACGUCGCUCCUGGCAUCCAAGCUGCGCGCCAGGAACUCGCCCGCCAACGAGCUACCGACGACCUGAAGAACAAAUUGGACAAGCGGCCCGAUCGGGACGAGCUCAUUGAGCGCAACAUCCUUCCGGCAACCAACGCUGCCCCGGCGAUUCAAGCUCAAGCUCGAGACCUCGAGCGCCAUAUGCUGGCUGAUAACCUCGAACACAAGAUUCAGAACCGGCCUGAGCCCGAAAAACUCAUUUCACAGGGCAUCUUGUCCGAGGAUGAGGACCCCCGCUCGUCCUGA